CCGCCCCCCGCUCGGGGUCCCGGGCGCCGCGGCGGGCGCGCUCCCGGCCGCGGGAGGGGCCGGGGCGGCCUCGGGCCGUGACGCGCCGUUGCCAGGCGCCGCCUUAUAAAUAACCGGGCUCGGGAGAAACUUUAGCGAGUCAGAGCCGCGCCCGGGACCGCGAGGCCCGGCCACCCCGCCCGCCCCGCACCGCCGCGGCCGCCGCCGCCGCCGCCCGCCCGGAGCCCGCCCGCCCGGAGCCCGAGCCCCCGCCGCCCCGGAGCCCCAGCCCGAGCCGCGCGGGCCGAGGCCGCGCCGCCCGCGGGCCGGGCCGGGCCGGGCCGCUCGGGGCCCCCGAGCCGGCGCCCGCGUUCAUGCAACGCCUGGCGGCCUGGGACCCGGCAUGCCGCCGCCUCCCGCCGCCGCCGCCGCCGCCCGCCUUUAGGCCCAUGGACGUGGCCAACUUCUACUACGAGGCCGACGGCUUGGCUGCAGCGCUCGGCGGCAAGGCGGCCCCGGCGCCCCCCGGCGGCCCCGCGCCCCCCGCCGCCCGCGCCGGCGAGCCGGGCAGCAUCGGCGAGCACGAGCGCGCCAUCGACUUCAGCCCCUACCUGGAGCCGCUGGGCCCGGGCCCCGACGCCUUCGACGCCGCCGCCGCCGCCGCCGCCGCCGCGCCCGCGGGCCCGCACCACGACUUCCUCUCCGACCUCUUCUCCGACGACUACGGCGGCAAGGGCGCCAAGCGCGCGGCCGACUUCGGCUACGUGAGCCUCGGCCGCCUGGGCGCCGCCAAGGGCGCGCUGCACCCCGGCUGCUUCGCGCCGCUGCCGCCGCCGCCGCCGCCGCCCCCGCCGCCGCCGCCGCCGCCCGCCGAGCUCAAGGCGGAGCCGGGCUUCGAGCCCGCGGACUGCAAGCGCAAGGACGAGCCCGGGGCGCCGGGCAUGGCGGCCUUCCCCUACGCCCUGCGCGCCUACCUGGGCUACCAGGCCGUGCCGAGCGGCAGCAGCGGGAGCCUGUCCACGUCGUCGUCGUCCAGCCCGCCCGGCACGCCGAGCCCCGCCGAGGCCAAGGCGCCGCCGCCCGCCGCCUGCUUCCCCGGGGCGCCCGCCGCGCCGCCCGCCGCCGCCGCCGCCGCCGCGCCCGCCAAGGGCAAGGCCAAGAAGGCGGUGGACAAGCACAGCGACGAGUACAAGAUCCGCCGCGAGCGCAACAACAUCGCCGUGCGCAAGAGCCGCGACAAGGCCAAGAUGCGCAACCUGGAGACGCAGCACAAGGUCCUGGAGCUCACGGCCGAGAACGAGCGGCUGCAGAAGAAGGUGGAGCAGCUGUCGCGCGAGCUCAGCACCCUGCGGAACUUGUUCAAGCAGCUGCCCGAGCCCCUGCUCGCCUCCUCCGGACACUGCUAGCGCCGCGCGCCGCCCACCCGGCCCGGACUCGCGCCGCCGGGGGCUGAGGGGGGGCCCCGCGGGGGUCUCCGCGCGCCCCGGCCGGGCGUGCGCGCGCGCGCGCCUCGGG